AUGACUCUGAUCUUCACCCCUCUGCCCAUCCUCUCAGCAUUGCUCCUGCCUCAGGUACCUGCCAAGAAUUCUGACACUCCAGGCAAUCCUCUGUCUGACUCAGAGUAUGAACAUUUCUUCGCCCUAAUGACUCCUACCUGGAAGGCAGAGACACUGUGUCGAAUCCGAGCCACCCAUGGCUGCCAGGACCCCAGCAUCGUUCAGUUGGACCAAUAUGAAAAUCAUGGCCUGGUGCCCACCGGACCAGUCUGUGCUGACCUUCCUUAUGCCUCCUGGUUUGAGUCCUUCUGUCAGUUUUGCCAGUAUCGUUGCUCCAAUCAUGUCUACUAUGCCAAGAGAGUCCACUGUUCCCAGUCUGUCUCAGUCCUCUCACCGAACACUCUCAGGGAUGUAGUUUCUUUCCUCGAAGCGCCAACAGAACUAACCUCACCUGCUGCCUCUUCCCAUUCCACAGUCACAGAUAAACAGUCCCUCCAGACCUGGUCCGAGCGGAUUAACAACAACAUGGAAGGACUAGUACGAUCUCUUCUGACCCGGGGAGGCCUGAAGCCAGAGCAGGAGAGCAAAUCGGAGCAAAAGCAAUCGUACAAACAGGACCAAGGACAGGAUUUCAAGCAGGAAAAGGACCAGGAUCAAGGGCAGGAGCACAAGCAGCAGGAGGAGGAUCAGGAGCAUAAGCAGGAGGAAAGCCAGGAUCGCAAGCAAGAGGAAAGCCAGGAGCGCAAGCAAGAGGAGGGCCAGGAGCACAAGCAGGAGGAGGGCCAGGAGCGCAAGCAAGAGCAAAUUCAAGAACAUAAUACAGAGGAGUUUGAGCAAGAAGAGGAGGAACAGGAGCAUGAGGAAGAAAGCAAGCAUGAGGUAGGACAAGGGACAGAAGAGGGACUGGAGUUCCUCAAUAAAAUGUCGGAGGACAAAGAAUACAAAUAUUAG